AAAAACACUAAAGGGGUAGCUAUGGAGAUGGAGCGUUUUCCUGGCUGCUUUCUUUGACAGGUGUUGAGUGGGGCAAAAGUCUUAAAACAGAAUCCAGCAUGUACGCCAAAGGUAAAGGAGCUGUCGUCCCUUCCGAUAGCCAAGCGAGAGAAAAGUUAGCUUUAUACGUGUAUGAGUAUUUGCUGCAUGUCGGCGCACAGAAAUCAGCACAGACCUUCCUGUCAGAGAUCCGAUGGGAGAAGAACAUCACACUUGGGGAACCUCCAGGAUUUUUACACUCAUGGUGGUGUGUAUUCUGGGAUCUGUACUGCGCUGCUCCGGACCGGAGGGAGACAUGUGAACAUUCCAGCGAGGCCAAGGCUUUCCAUGACUAUAGUGCGGCCGCUGCUCCCAGUCCAGUGAUGGGCAACAUGCCACCCAAUGAUGGCAUGCCAGGAGGACCCAUGCCCCCGGGCUUCUUUCAGGGUCCUCCAGGAUCUCAGCCGUCCCCCCACACGCAGCCUCCCCCACACAACCCCAGUAAUCCCAUGAUGGGACCUCACGGACAGCCAUUCAUGUCUCCACGGUACCCAGGUGGCCCAAGGCCCUCCCUCCGUAUGCCAAAUCAGCCUCCUGGGAGCAUCCCUGGGUCACAGCCUCUCUUGCCAAACAGCUUGGACCCCACCAGACCUCAAGGACAUCCAAACAUGGGAGGUCCAAUGAGAAUGAAUCCCCCUCGGGGCAUGGGAGGCAUGGGCCCACAGAACUACGGCGGAGGGAUGAGGCCUCCUCCAAACUCCAUGGGGCCAGGGAUGCCGGGCAUGAACAUGGGUCCUGGUGGAAGAGGUCCAUGGCCGAACCCCAACACCAACUCAAUAGCUUAUUCAUCUUCAUCUCCAGGCAACUAUGUGGGCCCUCCAGGGGGAGGCGGCCCACCAGGAACUCCCAUCAUGCCUAGCCCCGGAGAUUCAACAAACUCAAGUGAAAACAUCUACACAAUGAUGAACCCCAUCGGCCCUGGUGGAAAUAGACCUAAUUUCCCAAUGGGACCAGGUCCUGAUGGGCCCAUGGGUGGAAUGGGUGCUAUGGAGCAGCAUCAUAUGAACGGAUCACUAGGCUCUGGUGACAUGGAUGGGUUGCCAAAGAAUUCUCCCAACAACAUGGCAGGCAUGAACAAUCCUCCCGGCACUCCGCGGGACGACGGCGAGAUGGCAGGCAACUUUUUAAACCCAUUCCAAAGUGAAAGUUAUUCACCCAACAUGACGAUGAGUGUGUGAUUUUUUUUUAUUUUAUUUUAUCUUUUAUUUUAUUUUAUUUCUUUUUCAUCUCCCCUUAUCCCAAUCUCCCCCUUCCAUUCACCCCGGUGCGUCUUGCAUUACCUCCCUCCCUUCCUACCUCCUCCUCCUUGUGGACGGUGUGCGGUGCCACACAGCCCCUGGGGAUGCCCCUGGAAAGCAGGACUCCCCUCAAGGUCCCCCAUCCCAAUGCCUGUAAAAUGGGUGUAAGAACAUGAAAGGGCCUUCAAGCAACAGGAUGGGUCGCUUCUCCUCGCCUGCCGGGCCUCAUCACGGGGCCCUAGGACAGUAAGAGCCCGAAACUGCUCCAAGCCUGUCUCUCCCAAACCCAAAACCUGCCCUCAUGGGUGGCAUUCAAGCCCAAUCAAGAUGCCCCUCUGCAUCUACCACCACUCCAUUAUAUCACGCUGAUCAUAACUUAUGAGGGCACGCAGUUGUUGACUGACAGGAGCCGAAAACUCUCAUUCAAAAACUCUGCUCUUGUGGCGGGAAUGAUAAAACAAAACAAAAAAAAAGAUGAACUGAUAAUGUUAUUUUAGGGCAAGAAUGGUUUUCAUUAAAUAUUUGUAUUUUUUGUUGUUGAUGGUAAUAUUAUUGUUAUAAUUUUCAUAAUUGAUAUUAUUCUACUAAUGUAGUUAUGAUUUCCUGUAAAGGGCACAUUUUAUCUCAGCAGCAGCAUCAACAAUGACAGAAUAAGCACACACACGAAAAAUGCACAAUGAUUUUCUGUUUACAUGAGUUUUAGGUUAUUUGAUGUCUGUUUUGUUUUUUUGUCGGUCUCACUUCACAUACCUCUCCUUAAAACUUCGUUCAGAAUUCGUAGCUCGAGUCUUUGCCACCCAAAAUAUCCGUAGCACCAUUUUCAUAAACGUUUAAAUUAAGUUAGUAUCUGGGCUUAAACUGUCCAUGCAGUUCUCAAACAGGUUUGUCAGAGCAUUGCUGUUUUCUGGUACAAAGUGUCUGCUGAUGCACAUGAAUGAUCGUAUGUCUAUCUAAUCUUGUCUUAAUAAGCACCCCCUCCUCACAAUUUUCUAUGUUUUUACUGCAAGGGAAUGGCACUGAUGAAAUCCUGCGAUGACAGGACAGGUGCCAGCUCUCCUUCAGUAACAGAGCGAGAGAGCAUCUCUUCUACGGAUUUGGUCGUGUCUGUAAAUACAACAUAUUUAGCUUGUAUUGUGGUUGUUUUAUUAUUUGUUAUUUACAAGUUGUCUGUGAAUCCUAAAACGUGGUUCCUUCCCCUUCAUCACUUUGUUUGAUUUCAACCUCACUGUGGACUCCAAGCGGCACUGUUUUCCUCCCAGGAUUCAUUCUGGUCUCUCGCUGAUGCCUCCCUUUGGACUGGGAGAUAUUUAGGGACCUCAGAUACACUCACAACGCCUGCUUUUGAGUUUGGAUUGAACUCUCAGAUCCUGUGUGAUCCACUUUCUUAACCCAGACAAGACGGGUUAAAUAACUGUCUCGUUAGAGUUCCUGUCACCCUGUUCCCUCAGUGAGUCCCAUAUGCACGGGAUAAUGGAUCCAGAGUAUUGGGAGGCUGUAGCAGCACUGAUGAUGGGAGCAGAGUGAUGCACUUUGGGGUCAACAGGCUGUGCAGCCACAUCGGUCGACAGAAGAGGAAUAAUGGGAUGCUUUUGUAAUGGAUAUAUUUCCAUUUUGGUGGAUUGUUUUCAGCAGAUUGUUUUUAUUUUAAAUGUAUUCAACUGAAAAAAAAUGAAAGCCCAUAGAAUCUGCACACAAAGAAAUGCAUAGUUACAUAUCACGCUAUUUAAUUUGUUUCUUUCUGUAUGUUAUGUCCUCUUGGCCUGAUCAAUUCUGUCACUGUUUUUAAAGGGAUAAAUGAUCUCUCAUGGCAUCACGCUGCAGUUCAAACCAACAAUAACUAAACAACCAUUGUAGCCUCUAUGGGUGAUGGUGACAUACUUAUCAAUUUUCUGAUAUCAAUGUGAACAGAUUGUACCCAGAGUUCAACAGGGACAUCUCCAGGAUUCGGCUACCGGUGGCCUAGGAAACACUUUCUCUCCAGUGUUCCUUCAAUGUAGUGACACACACCUCCCUUCUUUCCUCCAGUCCCAUCUCUCACCCCUCCCAAAAAAACUCCCCCCUCCCUCUUCUCUUUAAUUUCCUUUUUUGUAAAUACUGUAUAAUGCAUUUUGAUAUCAUUGACAUGUUUUGAUAUGUCAGUCACUACCAAUGAAUACAGCUGAAAGUAAAUUAUAAAUAAAACUGUCCAUGUUUUUCAUAGAGAACAGAUGCGCUGACUAUUUGGCUCAUGUGGCUAAAUUUCCAUAAAAAUGUAUAGAAUACAGUAACACAAUAAAUGCAGACUGUAUGCUAAAGACUUGUAUGGUGGGGAGGAUAGGACAGAGAGAGGACAGGACAGAGAGAAGCAAACAAGCUGUGGCGUCCUCACUCUGCCCUUGUCUCCUUAUGUUUUACUUAAAUGUUACUAUUGGCUUUGAAUAAUCAUUUUUGAAUAUUUUUUUCCAAAGGGCAUCUUCUCACAAAAAAACAUGUGACCUCGUAUUGCAGUUUUUAAUAUGAAGGAUUUUUAUCAAUUUAAGAAAACUUUUAAAAAGGUGAAAAUAAUUAUGAGAACCUCAUUUUAAAUUAAGAACAGAUCAAAAGAUAACUGUGUCCUUUGCUAUCCGCUCCUGUUAUAACGUUGUAUAGAUUGAAGCUCUCUCACUGAUCCUCUCUCAGUCCUCUGUGUAUAUCGAUCGUUGGCCAUCUCUGUACUUCUAUUGUGAUGUAUAAUACUGUACCAUUAGGAAGAUUUGCUGGUCAGGUGGGGUGGUUAUGUUGAGUUGGGGAGGGGUGGGGAUUCAAGGGAAGGGGUUAUGAAUGAUUCUCCUGUACCGUUCAUGGUCCUUUCUGAUGACACGGCAGUAUUCAAUAUGAAGCAGUCUGUCUCUUGGGUUUGCUUUGUAUUUACAUGGUAGGAUAGUUCAGAAUCUUGUCUUAGGGACUUAGGUGUCUUGUGUAGGUAAUAAAGAUGUUCUUUGUAUGUUUCUUUAUAUUGUAAAGUUUCUUUAGACUGAAAGAAAAACAGAUAAUUUGCUUAUCAAAAAAGAAACAAUGCAUCAAUAAUAAAUGUCAUUUGAUUUUUC